AGGAGCCGGUAAGGAGGCCUGGUUUAGAUGCCUUGAAUUCAUCUUGCCCUUUCAUGUAGAGAACACACUGUGAAAUGGAAGAAUGUUGAAAACCACUGGUUUUCUUUGUUUGGAUGUCUGAAAGAGAUCAAUGUGGUCUUCACAGUGAAAGCGGCCACCAGAAUCCAGUUGCCGUGAUGAGUUCAGAGGAGAAGGGUGUAUCUCCUGCUCAUAGAACUUCUAUACAGUCUCAGAAAAGUGCCUCUACUUCAUCCUCGUCCCAGCGGGAGAGUAGGCAGAGUGGCCAUGUCUUAGAGCGGAAUAUGUCUGUGGGAAGCACAGACCCUUUGACAAGCAAACAGUUGCUAGAAAAUGAGCCUGUCGCUGUAACUAAAGAACCAGACAGCUGGGAGAUCAUUGAGGGCCUGAAAAUUGGCCAGACGAAUGUCCAGAAGCCAGACAAACAUGAGGGAUUCAUGCUGAAGAAAAGGAAAUGGCCUUUGAAAGGCUGGCACAAGCGCUUUUUUGUCCUGGAUAACGGAAUGUUGAAAUACUCAAAAUCACCGAUUGAUACUCAGAAAGGGAAAGUCCACGGGAGCAUAGAUGUUGGGUUAUCGGUUAUGUCGAUUAAAAAAAAAGCUCGUAGGAUAGAUCUUGAUACUGAAGAGCACAUCUACCACUUGAAAGUAAAAUCCCAGGAUUCCUUUGACGCUUGGGUAUCAAAGCUGCGACACCACAGACUGUAUCGUCAGAAUGAGAUUGUACGAUCACCACGAGACGCCAGCUUCCACAUAUUCCCUUCUACAUCAACAACUGAGUCUUCACCUGCCGCUAAUGUCACUGUAUUGGAUGCAAAGGUACCACAGAACAGCUUCCCAUGGCAGCCCUCCAUCCCUUGCAGUAGCAGUCUUCCUGCAACAUGCACCACUGGGCAAAGUAAAGUCGUCGCUUGGCUGCAGAACUCUGAGGAGAUGGACAGGUGUGCAGAAGAUCUUGCACACUGCCAAUCAAACCUUGUGGAACUCAGUAAAAUUCUUCAAAACUUAGAAAUACUACAGAGAACUCAGUCAGCCCCGAACUUCACAGAUAUACAGGCUAACUGUGUAGAUAUUUCAAAGAAAGACAAGCGUGUCACAAGAAGAUGGCGAACAAAAAGUGUCAGCAAAGACGCUAAAAUACAACUUCAGGAAGGGACAACACUGAAAAGUCAAUUCAGCACUGCACGGCGUCGACAGAGACUAGCGGCAGCAGUGGCUACAACAGUCCCUUUCAGUGCUACAAUGUCUCCUGUUCGUCUGCAUUCCUCCAAUCCUAACCUUUGUGCAGACAUCGAAUUUCAGACUCCUCCGAGCCACGUAUCUGACCCCCUGGACAGCUCCAUGGACUACAUAAAACUGCAAGAAGAGUUUUGCCUCAUGGCACAGAAAGUGCACUCUCUUCUGAAGUCUGCCUUCAACAGCAUAGCGAUAGAGAAGGAGAAACUUAAGCAGAUGGUUUCAGAACAAGAUUUCACAGGACACAACAUGCAGCUCACACGUCUCAGACAAUCGCUUUCUCAGGCUCUCAACCAGAAUGCUGAACUAAGGAGUCGCUUGAACAGAAUACAUUCAGAGUCUGUUAUUUGUGAUCAGGUUGUCAGUGUAAAUAUUAUCCCUAGUCCUGAUGAGGCUGGCGAACAGAUCCAUGUCAGCCUCCCACUCUCCCAGCAGGUUUCUAAUGAGAGCAGGCUUUCGAUGUCAGAAUCGGUCUCUGAAUUCUUUGACGCACAAGAGGUGCUUCUGUCAGCAAGCUCCUCCGAAAAUGAGGCUUCUGACGAUGAAUCAUACAUCAGUGAUGUGAGUGAUAACAUAUCUGAGGACAACACCAGUGUAGCAGACAACAUUUCUCGGCAAAUACUUAAUGGUGAGCUGACAGGAGGCGCUUUCAGAAACGGACGACGGACUUUUCUUCCAAGUCCCUGCCCUGACACUAGUAACAUUAAUCUGUGGAACAUUUUGAGAAAUAAUAUUGGGAAAGAUCUCUCCAAAGUAUCCAUGCCUGUAGAGCUGAACGAACCUCUAAACACUUUGCAACACCUUUGUGAAGAGCUGGAAUAUAGUGAACUCUUGGACAAGGCUGCAGAAUGUGACGACCCCUAUGAACGCAUGGUCCUGGUCGCAGCCUUUGCAACCUCAGGAUAUGCCUCCACGUACUACAGAGCAGGAAGCAAGCCUUUCAACCCUGUGCUUGGGGAGACGUACGAGACGAUUAGGGAAGACAAAGGAUUUAGGUUUUUUGCGGAGCAGGUUAGCCAUCACCCACCCAUUUCAGCCUGUCACUGUGAAUCAAAGAAUUUUGUGUUUUGGCAAGACAUUAGGUGGAAAAAUAAGUUUUGGGGCAAGUCAAUGGAAAUCCUGCCCAUCGGAACACUGAAUGUGACUCUUCCAAGGUAUGGGGAUUGUUACGUAUGGAACAAAGUGACCACUUGCAUACACAACAUCCUUAGCGGAAGGAGAUGGAUAGAACAUUAUGGAGAAAUAACCAUUAGAAACACAAAAAGUAGUGCCUGCAUUUGUAAACUCACCUUUGUCAAGGUGAAUUAUUGGAAUUCGAAUGUAAAUGAAGUUCAGGGCGUCGUUAUGGACCAAGAGGGGAAAGUGGUGCAUCGCCUCUUUGGAAAGUGGCACGAAGGAUUGUACUGUGGAGUUGGGCCUUCAGCAAAGUGUAUAUGGAGGCCAGGCUCCAUGCCAACCAAUUAUGAGCGUUAUUAUGGCUUUACGAGGUUUGCCAUUGAGUUGAACGAGUUGGAUCCUGCACUCAAAGACCUUCUUCCAAAAACAGAUGCACGAUUCCGGCCAGAUCAAAGGUUUUUGGAGGAAGGGAACUUAGAAGCAGCAGCAGCAGAAAAACAAAGGAUAGAAGAACUCCAGAGAAGUCGAAGGCGCUACUUAGAAGAAAACAAUAUGGAACAUGUACCAAAAUUUUUUAAAAAAGUUGUCGAUGCCAAUCAAAGAGAAGCUUGGGUUUCUAAUGACACAUACUGGGAAAUCCGAAAAGAUCCUGGCUUCAGUAAAAUAGAAUCCCUCGUACUCUGAUUGAGUUCUUCUCUACCCUGAGACUCUUCCCUCUCCUGAAAGCUUCAUGAUAACCUCAAGAAGAUAUAAUUUGUAUCAUUUGCUUCCUUGUUAAAAAUGCUUUUAAGUCAAUUCACUGGAAGGCAUGUUGUCCCAUUAACCAGUUCCAUCCCCCCAUUUCUCAGCCAAAAGGAGACUUUACAAACCAAGAGCCCAGUCGAGCUGUGACUACAUUUUAGUUUGUCAAUGGAAUUCUUCCUUCCGUGUAGUCACAUGAAACAUUUAAGAGUUUCUUUUCCCCCUUAUAUUCUCUCCUGCCCUUUCCUCUAUUAGCUAGAAUUUGGGACCACACCUAAAGAUUUGGGGGCAGACUCCUAGGUCCGGGGGCUUUUAAGAUGGUGGGAAAGUCCAUAGAGCCUCCCCUGUUGCUGAGACUUGCGAGGUCAACACCAGGGCACAGAGAGCUGCCCCUCCCCUUCUGCUCACUUUGGAACUGGUGAGUCCCAGAAUUCCAUCACCGCCUUUGCUGGACGAAGGUGAGGUGUUUUGAUGUGAGUUGAGACAAAAUGAUUUUUAAUUUAAGUUUUUUGGCCUUCUGUAACAGUUCCCUAAUAGGAUAAAAAAAUGAGAAAGGCCGGGGCUGGGCUUGUUAUGAAAUAGAGGGAAAUCCAAGGGAAUGGGAUUAAGCCUUUGCAGAUUGAUUUAUAGCAAAUGCAGUGUUCACAAAGAGUGUCAAGAGCACGCAUGGCAGCACUUCUGGAUAAUGCUCAGAGCAACAUAAAAGGUGAAGACUGAACUUUCCUUUAUGACUCAGUACUUCCAGAUUAAUGCAUGUCCUGUUAGACUUCAGUGGGAAAACCUGAGUGCUAUUAAAACAGAGUGGUGGGUUUUUCUCCUAUUGAUUUCAGUGGGCGUUCAAGUGAACCCCUCAUUUUUUUCUCAGUGGUUCGUCUUGACAAAAUUCGUGGUUCCCACCAAAUCACCCCUGAAUGACUUCCCUGUAAAAUAACAUUUCAUUGUCAAGAUUUUCGUCGCUUCACUUGGAAAUUGUUAUGGCAGAAAGUAUCAAUAAUAAGCCUUAAAGAACGUAAUGAAACCCCCGUUUGAUUUUGAAUUUGUGCUUUUUCAAAACGGGGGGGGGGGGAAUGUGCUACAUUUUGUGCAGUGAGGGGUUUUGUUUUGUUUUGUUUUUAGUUCUAACAAGAAAACUUGUAGUUUAAGACCAUUGAUGAAAGUUACUCUUUAAAAUAAAAACUUGAGCACAAGGCAGCGAAUGCAAGUUUGAAAGACUGACCAACACCGACGUCCACAGGGUCAGGCACCAGAGUUCCACUGAGUGACACUAAGUUAGUUAUUGUUUACGAGACUGCCGUCUCUGAUGAUUGCAAGAAGUGGCGCGCAAGGGCAGAAGAGAAGAGAACCAGCAGUUGGAGUGCCACCUGCUCUGCUUGUUCCCAUUGCCAAAGAAACAAGCCACUGUUUUGGUUUAAGUGUUCUCCCCCUCCCCUUAGGAGUGGGAACUGCUGAGGCAGAGCCAGAUGUGUAGCUCCAGCUGCGCACAUGUUUCUUUUCUGCAUGUACAUAUCACGACGUUGGAUCACAGCGUAUGUAUGUUGUGCUACCAAAAAAAGAACAAAAAAGAACUGUGCCUCUCCAAAUGAAUGUUGUACACAGGAAUGUUCCAUUUGUAAGAAAACGGGCCUCAAUAAAUUCACGCAAAUUAUUUUUGAAA